UCCUCUGACCCGCACAAAGACCGUGUGAGACUUUUAUGGGCUGCUGUAGAUACGUCAGGCACUGCGCUGCACCGUGAAGAUGGCGGAGGCUGCGGACACACCACAACACCGGUUUUUCUGUCACUGCUGUAAAUGUGAAACUAACCCCAAACUCCCGGAUUUAGUGUGCUCCACAUGUGACUCGGGCUUCAUCGAGGAGGUGGCAGAAGACUCCAGUCUCCUGCAGGACAGUGCGUCAUCCUCAAGCGAAGUUUCAAACUCCUCGUUGUUCUCAGAGUUAUGGCAGCUGCUGUUUAUGGAGCGCUCGGCUCUGCUGUCAAAUCCGCCCUCUUCAGAGUCAGACCCAGUGGACGGCGACCAUAUAUCUGCAGGUCAGAGCUGUCCGUCUCAAGCUAUGCCCGGUGCUGUCGAGGCCACAGAACAAGAGUUUUCCUCCCCGCCUGAGCAGGAGAGGCCGUCCAGGCCUGAACAGAGGCCUGCAGUGGAAGGGAUCGUGCAGCAGUUCUUGUCUGGCCUGUUUGCCAACAACGGAAACCCGGGUGCUGCACCAGCUGCCCUAUCCAGUAUGCUGCAGUUGUAUGGAAACCCUGGAGAUUAUGCAUGGGGUCAGGGAGGUCUGGAUGCUGUCAUCACAGAGUUAUUAGGACAGUUGGAGAACUCUGGCCCCCCUCCUGCAGAGAAGAACAUGAUCUCAUCCCUGCCAACAGUUUGCAUCUCUCAGGAACAGACAGACUGCAGACUGGAGUGUCCGGUGUGUAGGGAGGAGUACUUAUUGGGGGAAUCUGUCAGGAAGCUUCCCUGCCUCCAUAUCUUCCACAGUGAAUGUAUAGUGCCUUGGCUGGAGCAGCAUGAUACCUGCCCAGUGUGCCGUAAAAGCCUUGACGGUGUCGACAACAGCCUCCCGCCCACAUCAGAACCCCAAGACGCCCGCUUCAUCCGGACAGAGCAACAGGAGAGGCAGGCGAGCUAAGAAAAGGGCCUACACCUCUACCUCCUUCACGCUUUUCAAGAGACACAGAGACUGCUUUUGAAUUAAACGCAUAUCAUGCAUCAGUUAUCAUUUGCUGCUGCGACUCUUACUCCAUUCUCUGCUGAGGACCUUUAUGUUUACUCAUCCAGUAUGUUCAUUUUCUAACUAACACAUAGAAGCCCCUCGGCACGAUGGAGGUGUAGUGCCCUUCUCGCUACACUGCUUCAAAGGUGGAUGUCUGAAUGACUGACUUUGAUGUCACUUACUACUCAGCACUGAGCUGCCAGUGGUUUUCUAAAUGAUGGAGAUACACAGUUAUGCAUUAAGGUUCUUGGUAAAAGGAAAUUCUUAAAGCAGUAUAUUUUGUGGUCUUUUUAUUUUCCUCUUUAUUGAAAGCUUAUAGAAGGCUUACCCUGUGAUCCUUGACCUCUACACCUCCUUUAUCUCUGAGGCCUAUAUAUUCUUCACAUAUAUUUGUAUUGGUCUACAUACCAAUAGGUUAAUAAGUGGGGUUCACACUACACUUUUGUUUCAGUGAGUACAUAUUUGAAGCUUUUCUGUGCACAUUUUCACAUAUUGCAGUCAGCACUGUUGUAACGGUUUGUUAGAUUACAGUUCUUCCAUUGUAACAGAAUAAUUGUCAGUAUAUGCAGAAAAUGUACAGUUCAGUAAAAUAUAGGCUAAUCCCGUCAGAAUGAAAUACACACCGAUAGAAAAUUGUCUGCUGCCUUUUUAUGCUUUAUACCAUCCUAAAAGGAUUUUUUUUGACAGUUUGGGAUUUGUGGUCGGACACAAGCAAGCUGGAGAAUUUGUUUUCUUCUAAUUCUGACAUUUUAUGAAUAGCCUACUAUUGGCAAUUAAUAAAUUUGAGCUAUAUUUAGGCUAUGUAAGCUGUUGUAGCCCUAAUAGAAUAGAAAGUGUCAGGCUUUUAAACUUUACCAAGAACAUAUUUUGCCUCUAAAAAACAUCAAAUGCAUUGAAGAUUUCAAUAAAGCUAUGCAAUGACUUUUAUCAAAUA